GAUCUGACCAUUAAGAAAUAUUUAUUCUGUCUAAUUUAUCACAAGCAACCGAUUUAGUCGUUACAAUUCUACUAAAAUACUCACAACUUAAAAUUCUGAAUUCUAUUAAACCAAAUAUUAUAGAUCUACUAUCGUCAGACAUUAUGCAAUUACAAAGUAACAUAUCAUAUGUUCUCGAUAAUGUUCAAACUUGUUACCUUCAAAUUUAGUUGCUUCAGUUAUGUCAAUACACGCACGAAUCAAGUUUUAAUGAAUCAAAAAUUAUAAAUCAAUCACUAUCAACUUACAGUACAAUUAUAAAAUAGUAAAUUAUAUAUUCUUAAUAAUGUUCUAACUUGUGACAUUCAAACAUAACGUCAAAAAUUUUAACGACUUAGAGUGUCGUAUUGGUGCUCGGAUUUCUAAGCAUUGGAGUUACCCCCCCAAAGAAAACAAUUUAUUGUUUGGAUUUUGACUUCCCAACUAGACAAAAAUAAAUGCCAUAAAAUAUUGGGUUUUGCAGAUCUUUUGGGAUUCUUUCAUAAAACAAAAGAAAAUUUUUCAAGAACGUUGACUGUCUUAUCAGCAAAAUCUAUAAUAUUCUUCUUAUGAUCGUCGAUCAGCAGAUGGAAUUUUUCAGAAACAAUAAAACGAGUACGUGUUCCUCGCAGGGGGCGGUGGGUGCAUGUUAUGGCACCGCGUUACCCACAUGCAACUGUCCAUAUUCACAGUUUUCCUUCCUACUCUUCCCCUGUAAUUCUCUUCCUCAACAAGUCAAUAUCUAAUCAAAUGAAAAACAUCUAAGCUUCAACAAUAUAUACAUAUUAUAUUACUUGGACGGUUGUGAACUGCAUGAUUGGUUGGUUGACUUUACACAACAUCAACUGGGUUUGACUCUACUUUCACAACCAUGUGUACAUUCUCUUGUUUAUAUGUAAAAAUAUUUAGUAGCCAACACAGUGAUUCCCUCACCCAGCAAACUAUAAAUUCCAAGAUUCCCUCACCCAGCAAGCUAUAAAUUCCAGGCUCCUAAUCAAGACUGGAACUACAGAACCAAAAAACUUAUAAUGGAAACAGAAAAUAGCUUUGUUCUUCCCAGCUGGAUUUUGUUUUGCCUAGCUGCUAUGGUCACUACCAUUCUCUUCAAGCACAAGAAGAACUACUGCAUAAGAAAGAGCAAGUUACCUCCAGGGGAAAUGGGACUACCUUGGAUUGGUGAAACCAUGGAUUUCUACAGAGCUCAACGAAACAACCGAUUGUUUGACGAGUUUAUUCAACCCCGAAUCAUGAAACAUGGAAACAUCUUCAAAACAAGGCUAAUGGGUUCACCAACUGUAGUGGUAAAUGGAGCUGAAGCUAAUGGCUUCAUAUUAUCAAAUGAGUUCAAGCUAGUGAUAAGCUCGUGGCCUUCGUCAUCAGUUCAGUUAAUGGGCAAGGAGUCUAUCAUGGAGAAACAAGGGGAGCAGCACCGUUGUGUUCGUGGCUUGAUAGCCACUAGCCUUAGCUUUUCCGGAUUAGAGAGUAUAGUGCCAAAAAUCUGCAACUCGGUUAAGUUGCACCUUCAAAGAAACUGGGAUGGCCACGAAACAAUCAGCCUUUACCGUUCUGCCAAAAGUCUGACCUUUGAGGUUGUGUUUGAGUGCUUGUUGGGGAUAAAGGUUGAGGCAGGGAUGUUGCAGACGUUUGAGAGAGUGUUGGAAGGUGUUUUCGCUCCACCAGUGAAGUUUCCAGGGUCGAGCUUCGCAAGGGCAAAGAAAGCAAGGCAGGAGAUAGAGAAGAUGCUGGUUGGUGUGGUGAGAGACAAGAAGAAGGAGAUUAUGGAGAGAGGCAAACAUGGGUAUGAGAGAUCAAAUGGAGGGAAAGGAGGAAUGCUACUGUCGCGCAUGGUGGUAGGAUUGAUUCAGGGAGAGUUAAGCGAAGCAGAGGUCAUUGACAAUGUCGUUUUGCUGGUGUUUGCAGCCCAUGAUACCACCUCUUUUGCCAUUGCUAUGACUUUCAAGUUGCUGGCUAAACACCCAAGCUGCUACAAUCUCCUCCUUCAAGAACACAUUGAGAUAAAGGAGAACAGAGGUCAACAAGAGAAUCUGACAAUGGAAGACAUCAAGAAGAUGAAGUAUACCUGGCAAGUGGCUCGAGAAAGCAUGCGCCUUUUCCCUCCCAUAUUUGGCUCUUUCAGGAAGGCAGUUGCCGAUAUUGAA